UCUGUUUAUUUAAAUAUAAACAAACGGAAACCUUCGCAAAUGUUCUACAACCACGUCGAACAAUUCAGAGAAACCGCGUUCGAGAGACUGAAGGAUACAUUCGAAAAAAAAAAUCAACAAUAACAACUACAACAACAACAAAAGUAAUUUUUUUUUUCUUUUCGAAAUUUGAUACAAGGCCAGUAAAUUUCGAAGCGGGAAGUCGAUCAUAUCGAUCCCUGUGCUCUACUGGUACUUACUUAACCGGCCCCGAAAGGAUUAAAAGCUGAAUCGAUCUCGGCAGGAUUUGAACUCGGAAUAACUAUAUAACUAUAUCUUCGUUGUCUACAAGACUGAAGAAAAAGAAAAUAACAACAAAAAAAAAAGAGAACAAAACAAAACCCAAAACGUUUCGACAUGGGGCCGUUGCGAUUUUCCCUUUAAUAUAACCGCAUAAACAAUCAAAGACAAACAAAUAUAAUUCUUUCUUCAUUGACCUCAAGGAACAGGUAACGAAACGGCCAGAGUAAGGACAAUAGAAAAACAAAACGGUGUGGAUUUAUAAAUGAACGUGUAAUUAUUAAGAAAUAAUAAAUAAUUCUUUAUUGGUCACGAGGGCCACAAAAGAAAAAAAAACCCAGAACCUCAAAGAUUUUGGAUGCUACGAAGACAAGGGAAUCGUGCAGUUUUAGACAUAUAACGGGAUAAACAAUAAAAGAAAUUACAAAUUAUCAUAACAGUAAUAAUGGCGAGUACAGCGGCAGUGGCGGUGGUGGCUCUAAGCCUAGCUGCCGUGUUAAUGCACUUUAUAUCUGUUGCGAUUCCAUACUGGGAUAAAAUUGGCAAUUUAAAAUUUGGUCUUUGGCAGGUUUGCUACGAGGAAUGUGAAAGGCGGAAAUCUGGAGACGAAUCUUUCCUGAUUUUCCAGUGUCUGGAAGUAAUUGGACUGAUCACUGCCCUGACUACGUGUGUUGUCUCCAUUUUGAGUACUUGUAAAAAUGUUCCUUUUCCAUACGAACAGAUAUUGAUUCCAUGUUUAAGCAUGUUAUCAGCUGCUACGAUACUGAUUGGAAUUAUGAUAUACUGUGUUGAAGAAUUUACGCUGCAUGUCUGUUUUGUCUUUUCCUUAUGUUCAGCGGCAUUUUUUUUCUUUUUUGCGGGUUAUACCCUUUCGUCAUCCAAUUCCUCGUCAUCACUCGAAUUGCGUUCCUGAUCAUACCAUCCUGGUGCUCUUACCAAUUCUUCCAUAACCCACCUUUAUAAUAAUGAUGAUAAUAAUAAUAAUAAUAAUGAUGAUGAUGAUAAUCCUUUCAGGUAUAGGCACAAAGCUGAAAUUUUGAGGGCAGUGGGGGUGGGGAGUAGCUGAUUACAUUGACCCCAGUUCUUGAGUGGUACUGUAUUU